UUUACAAGUUCAGCACGCAUCGAAAAUCUUCAGCGUCGUUUUGUUCGGAAUUCGAAUUGUUACGAUUUUCUCUUGUUUUUCGCCUAAACUGGCCUAAAAAUGAGUGCUCCGAGUUUUCUCGAGUUGUUAAAAAUGUUUACGACAACGGUAAACAAAUGUACCACCGAGGGUAUCGGCAUCGAGCUGCUGAAGAAGCAGUACGACGAGCUGGCGUCCUCGACGGACAUUGACAAGCGGUCCGCGUUGCACCAGGCGUUCCGCGAUCUGCUGCUGGCCAAGACGGACGACAUUCCGGCGAUCGAAACGUUUAUCUCGUUUGCGGUUGCGGCUUGUCGGUCGGAAAUGACCGCCCCGACGAUCCCGGUGGUGCUGCUGGGGGACAUUUUUGACGCCGUCACACUGGACAAGUGCGAGGCGAUUUUCACCUACGUGGAAAACAACGUGACGACCUGGAAGGAGGAUUUUUUCUUCACCGCGUGCAAGCACAACCUGCUGCGGAUGUGCAACGAUUUGCUGCGGCGACUUUCGCGGUCCCAGAAUACGGUGUUCUGCGGGCGGAUCUUGCUCUUCUUGGCCAAGUUCUUUCCGUUUAGCGAGCGGUCCGGGUUGAACAUCAUUUCGGAGUUUAACCUGGAGAACAUCACCGAGUACGGGGUGGAGGGAAGCGAAAUGGGUGACCAGCUGAGCGAGGGACAGGAGGAUGGAGACGGGGUUCAGGCUAGUGCUGGGACGCAGCAGCAGCCGCAGCUGAAGAUCGACUACAAUUUGUACUGCAAGUUUUGGGCGCUGCAGGACUUCUUUCGCAACCCAAACCAGUGCUACAACAAGGUGCAGUGGAAGAUGUUUGCCGCGCACGCCGGGAGUGUCAUGGCGGCAUUUAGCAGUUUCAAGCUCGAAGAACCACGUUCCAACAGUAAGUCUGCGAGCAAGAACAAGUCCUCGCCAACGCCGAUGGAUAUUCCGCCGGAGGAAGAGGUCCGCGAGACGGCGCAUUUCUUCGCCAAGUUCCUGACCAAUCCAAAACUGCUGUCGCUGCAGCUGUCCGACUCAAAUUUUCGCCGGUCGGUUCUGGUUCAGCUGUUGAUCCUGUUCCAGUACCUCAACUCGACGGUCAAGUUCAAGUCGGACAGUCACUGUCUUACGGUGGCCCAGGUCGAUUGGCUGAAGGAAACCGAAACAACGGUGUACAAACUGAUUGAGGAAUCGCCGCCAAAUGGACGUCGGUUUGCGGAAUCCGUGCGGCACAUGUUGUCCCGGGAGGAACUCUGGAACAGCUGGAAGAACGAAGGUUGCAAGGAGUUCAAACGUCCGGACGCCGCGGCAGUGGCUGCAACGGCCGGCGCCGCAGCAGCGGCAACAUCUGGCACGGCCACCGAGGACCAGCCGGCGACACCGGCAGCGGCCACAUCUCGCGUGGCCAGCAAACGACCGCGUCGACCGCUGGGAGAUCUCAUCCGCGAGUCGACCAAGCAGGGCAAGUUCUUCAUGGGCAACCCGGAACUGACCCGGCUGUGGAACACCUGUCCGGACAAUCUGCAGGCCUGCAAGGGUGACGAUCGGAACUUUCUGCCAUCGCUGGAGGCGUACCUGGACGGCUCGAAGGAGCGCCAGGAUCCGUCCUUCGAGUGGAGAGCUUUGCGACUGUUGGCCCGUCAAUCGCCACACUUCUUUACCCUCUUCAACAGCACGUCUUCGUACAAGGUGGCUGACUAUUUGGAGAGUGUCCGCAAGAAGAUCCAGAAGGACAAGAACGAUGUCAACAAAAUCGAGGUGGUCCAGCUCGAGGAUGUCCCGCUAAAGGACGAGCCGGGUGAGCCGGAAACGGAGGGUUUCGUCGAGGAAACGGAUCAGAUGGACACCGAGCUGCUCAAGACGGAACAGCUCACCCCGGAGGAAAAGAACACACACAAAACGAUCACGGUGACGCGGGACCAGAUGGCGGAGCUGGCGCCGAGCAUCGGCAAGGACUGGAAGCGGUUGGCGGCCAAGCUCGGCUACGGCACGGACGAGAUUCAGUAUCUUGAGUCGGAAAAUGCCACCGUUACGGACCAGUGUCGUCAUUUGCUGCAGUUGUGGUUCGAGGACGACAUGGACGCCAGCCUGGAUCAGCUGGCCUACAUCCUGGAGGGGCUGGAAAUGCUGAGCGCGGCCGAGUCGGUGAAGCAGAUGCUUGCGACGCUCAGCAACGACGAGAAGAUUGAAAUUUCCGACGAUUGAGCUGCUGAUGAUAGCGAGUAAGAUAUAUAAUUGAACUUUUUUCCUUACGCAAUUUGGUGAAUAAACUGAACUCUUAUCCAAAAUCAAAA